UUAAGUUACCUCGGAGACCAAUACCAUGUCUUGUUGCUAAGGAAUCUUUGACACCUCCUUUAUCAUACACUACUUGAUUGAGAAAAACUUACUUCACUACACUGCAACCAUUGUUCUCUUACCUUUCUCUGAAAAUCCAUCCACUUUGCUGUUGUUGUUGAGAUCAUAUCAUGGCUGCUGCACUUGUUGGUGGAGCUUUUCUUUCUGGCUUCAUUAACGUUCUCUUUGACAGGUUCCUUACAACGGAUGCUGUCAACUUGGUCUUGGGCAAGAAGCUUGGCGACUUAGUUGAGAGGCUCAAGAUUUCUCUGCAUGCUGCUGAAGCUCUGGUUGAUGAUGCUGAGUACAAGCAACUGGCCAACGAAUCUGUCAGGGAGGGGCUCAACUGUCUCAAGGAUGCUGUUUAUGACGCUGAUGACUUGCUGGACGAUGUCCUCACCAAAGCUGCUACCCGAAAGGAGGUAGAUUCUUUCUGGCCCAUUAGCUUUCUCAACCGAGAUAGGGAGAUGGUAGAUAAGAUGGAAGGGGUGGUUAGAAGGAUAGAAUUUCUUCAAAAACAAAAAGAGUUCCUUGGUCUUGAAAGGAGUAACAAGGAUAAUAACUUGUCAUCAUCAUGGAGAGCAUCCACAUCUCUGGUGGAAGGGAAUAUAAAUGGCAGGGAGGAUGAUCAACAAGCUUUGAUCAAAAUAAUAAAUGACAACAGUGAAACUCAAUUAUCUGUGAUCUCUAUCUCUAUUGUUGGCAUGGGUGGGGUUGGUAAAACAACCUUAGCUCAAUGGAUCCAUGAUGCCAUGGAGGGAUUUGAUUUGAAAGCAUGGGUCUGCAUCUCUGACACAUUUGAUAUUGUUGAGAUUACAAGGACAACCAUUGAGGAAAUUACUAAAAGUACUUGUACCCUAGAGAGUCUAAAUUUGCUUCAACUUAAAUUGAAGGAGAUCUUGUUCGAAAAGAAGUUCUUUACUGUUCUAGAUGAUGUCUGGAGCGAUGAUGCCGAUAAUUGGAAGAAGUUUAGAACUUCUUUUCACUGUGGAGCUAAAGGUAGUACAAUUCUUCUAACAACUCGCAUUAACAAAGUUGUCAGAAGGUUCAAACAUGUCCGUCUUACUUUCUUAAUGAGUUGUCAGAAGAUUAUUGUUGGUUACUGUUUGCAGACAAUGCAUGCUUUCCGGUAUCAAAUCGGUAGAAAGAUUGUCAAGAAGUGUAAGGGGUUGCCAUUAGCUAUAGAAAGUUAGAAACACUUGGGCGCUUGUUGCGGGGGAAGGAUGAUAUUAAAGAAUGGAUUGCUGUUUUAUCAAGUGACAUUUGGGAAUUUUCUAUU